GGUACAGACACCAGCCCCAACCCGGUGAGGCUCCAGCACCUCCCUGCGUCAGGCACUCGGCCCCUCACUGACACCCGUUUCCCAGUCUUUCUUUGCUGCCCAAGGUACCCCAUCCAGCUGCUCCCACCAUGGCAGACACCUGUUUUUCUGGGCCUUGUGUUCCCACGGCCUCGGCCGUCUCGGUCUGCUCCAGUGACGUGAGCUGCGGCAGCAACAGAGUCUGCUUGCCCAGUUCUUGCACCGGCUCUUCCUGGCAGCUGGACGACUGCCCAGAGAGUUGUUGUGAACCCAGCUGCUGCGGCCCCAGCUGCUGCACCCCCUCUUGCUGCCCAGCCCCGUGCUGCACGCCGGCCCCCUGCCUGACCCUCGUGUGCCGGCCGGUCUGCUGCGUACCCGCCACCUGCCAGACGGCGUGUGAACCCGGCCCCUGCCAGGCUGUCUGCACCUCCUGCUGCCCAGACCCUUGCUGCGCUGCCACUCCCUGCACGGUGCAGUCCUGCUGCUGCGUCCCCAUGUGCUGCAAGCCCAGCUGCUGCAUCGUCCUGCCCGUGUGCUGCAAGCCCAGCUGCUGUGUGACCACAGCCUGCUGCCCUGCCUCCUGCUGCUGCCAGCCCAGCUGCUGCCGCCCGGCCUCCUGCGUGUCCCUCGUCUGCCGGCCCGUGUGCAGUUCGGCCUCCUGCUGUGUGCCUGUCUCCUGCAAACCCUCUUGCUGUGCCCCCACGUCCUCCUGCUCUUGCUGCUGCGCACCCUCCUGCUGUCCAGCCACCACCUGCUGCCGCCCCGCCUCCUGCGUGUCCCUCGUCUGCCGGCCCACCUGCUGCAAGCCUGCGUGCUGCGCUCCCAACUGCGGCCAGAAGUCUUGCUGCUGACCACAGGCUGCUGCUCUCUGUCCCCCUGGCGGACGCCCUCUGUCUCUCCCCCGCCCCGGGAGCCACUUCCGCUGGUCUCCUGGAUCCCCGGGGAUCAGCCUCAGUAAAUGACCGGCCACCGCCCGCCUCCCUGCCUUGCAGAGACCUCAGAGAUGCCAAGGUGCAGCAAACAGCUCCACCAUCCGAACCCCUGUGGCUCUCUUCCAAACCAUGGCUGCCCCAACCUUGGCCCCUCCUUGGCGUGCACCCGGGCCCACUGCUUGCAGCCCCCGGACAGGCUCUCUCUAAUGUCAAAGUGCAAGGGGAUGGCCUUGGCCAUGGCCUGCCUGGUAAUAAACAGCAUC